AUGCCUGUCCGUAUUGCGGAGACUGCAGAGGAGCUACGUGCCAACGUUCACAUUCAUUAUGAAACGGCAAAGUUGGAGUUUCCAUUCAACAAGUUUCGGAAUUGGAGAAAGCUGGCUCGUUCGACAGCAUAUAUUUUUCGGUUUAUCAGAAACACCCGUCCCAAGGAAUUCUCUCGAAUGGAUGGGGGUCUGACAAUGGAAGAAAUCCAACAUGCAGAGAACUUCCAUAUUCGCACCACCCAGCAAGAUACGUUUCAGGAGGAGAUAUCAAUUCUUCGUCGCAAAGGAAACGACGCUGCGCUUCCCAAACGAAGCCCUUUGUUCAAAUUGGUUCCCUUCCUUGACGAUCAAGGAAUACUACGCAUGAAAGGCAGGACAGGAGCAUGCAAGUACGUUUCACUGGACGCAGUCAAUCCCAUCAUCCUUCCGCGUGAUCACCCGAUAACGCACAUUAUCAUACGGACUUACCACGAUAAAUUUCACCACCACAACCACGAAUCUGUGAUCAACGAGGUUCGUCAAAAGUUCUGCGUUGCACGGCUCCGUCAGAUGUAUGCCAAAGUUAGAUUUGAUUGCCCGCGGUGCAAAUUGAGGGACGCUCGUCCUAACCCUCCAGCAAUGGCAGAUCUCCCUGCAUGCCGACUAGCCGCGUACAGCUGUCCGUUCACGCACACCGGCAUAGAUUAUUUUGGUCCAAUGGAAGUAUCUGUAGGUAGAAGGGUCGAGAAGCGGUGGGGGGUUCUUCUAACUUGUCUGACAAUACGCGCUGUCCAUAUUGAAUUAGCUAGCUCUUUAACCACUAACUCAUGCAUUAUGGCGAUACGCAAUUUCAUUGCCCGUCGUGGAACUCCAGCUGCAUUUUAUAGCGACAGAGGCACCAACUUCAUCGGCUCUGAACGUGAGCUAAAGCAAGCCCUAAAGACCAUCAACCAGAACAAGCUGGCACAAGAGUUUGUGAGCUCAAAUACUUCAUGGAGUUUCAAUCCCCCGGCUUCUCCCCAUAUGGGGGGGAGUUGGGAACGGCUGGUACAGUCCGUUAAGCGAACAUUGUAUGAAGUUAAGCCAUCAUCAAGGCCGACCGACGAGGAACUGAAGAACGCGUUGAUAGAAGUUGAAGCCAUCCUAAAUGCACGACCACUUACUCAUGUUCCGCUCGAAGAUGAAGCAGCUCCUGUACUCACUCCAAAUCACUGGCUGUUGGGGUCAUCCAAUGGAUUGAAAGCAUGGUCUCUAUUGGACAGCAACUCUAUCGCAUUAAGACGUGGUUGGCAUCAAUCACAAGCCUUUGCUAACCACUUCUGGAAGAGAUGGAUUCGGGAGUAUCUACCGGACCUAACGAGGCGCAGCAAAUGGUUUCAGAAAGUCGCACCCAUCAAGGAAGGAGAUAUAGUUCUGAUCGUUGAUCCGGAACAUCCAAGAAAUUGCUGGCCAAAAGGACGGGUCAUUGGUACGGUUAACCGAGACGGUCAGGUACGUAAGGUUACUAUUCGAACCGCGAAGGGCGUGUACGAGAGGGCAGCUGUAAACGUAGCGGUUCUUGAUGUCCGAGGCAAGGAGUUAGCAGACUCAGAGGCGGAGUCAGCAAACUAG